AUGGAAAAUCUUGAGAGAACCUUGAACAAUAUCACCAUAGACGAUGGUCCUUGGCGACAACACGAUCAAACACAACCCGUUUGGGGAAAUGGAGGUGUACAGCCGGGACGUGUUUGGGGACACGUUCCUGUACAGUUCCAAGCACGUAGCCCUUGGCAAGAACAACCGGAAAUUGGUGAGUAUUUUUAAUAAAAGGAUUGCUACUCUAGAUUUCUCUCUACAAUUUUUUUUAUGAAUCUUUGGAAAGUCGGGACUUCGAUGUUUUUCAAAAUACUUCAUUGUCGGAAUCUUCCAAUUUGUGUUUUAGUCCAACCUAUUUGAUAAUAAGAGCAACGAUUUUUAAUUUAGUCCUGUUAAUUCAAGAUAAUUUUUUUAUUUUUGGCGGAAAACCAUAUAAAAGUAGAAGCCCUAAAGCUAUUAUCAGGUCUCAUUACAAUAGUAAACUUGUUCCCAUCUCUAUUACAAUUGAAUUCAGAAUAUAAUAAAACUUUUUCCAGUUCCUGAAGCAGGAAUGAAUGAAGCUCUUGGUCUAUCUAGCGGAGCAUCAAGCCAAUGGGGAGGUCCAAGCGAUUUUGACAAACAGAUCUGGUCCGAUCCAUUGAAUGAGCAACAAGCUUACCCACCACAUGGAAGUGAGUUUAAUCUACAAUCUUUCUCUAGAAAAACUCUCUAACUUCAUAAUUGUUCAGUUUCUGGAGGUAUGAAUGGACUUGGAGGAGCACCUGAAUGGUCAACUGGCGGAUCACAACCACCAGUUUGGAGCGAUGGAAGUAUGAAUAAAGAGUCGGAUCAAUUUUGGAAACAGCAACAACAAUCACAAACACACUGGGGUGCCCCGCCGAUGGGUGGCGGUUGGCCACCACGUGGUUUGAAUCACCCAAACGGACCACCACCUCCGCAAACUCCAGGUUAGUUGGAUUGGGUUUGAACUCUGACUCGGACUGGGUGUUGAAAUAGUUCUGAAAAACUAGAGAUAUAAUUCUGAACAGAGAUAAUUGAACUACAUUUGUGGAUUGUUUGAAAUCAGCUUUUGGAUGAUUUGAAAUCAACUAACUUGUAAUAAAGUGCAAAAGAUCAAAAUGUACUUUACAGAUUUCUCGGGCGGAUGGUCAAACGGUUCCCGUCAAAAACAACAACCAAUGAACAUGUCGUGGAACAACGAGCAGAAUCGCGGCGGUCCAAUGGGUAUGAACUCUCGCGGUGGACUCGGCGGUCGUCCUCAACAACAACCACCACACAAUCAAGGCCGUUAUCCAGGAGGUAUGGCCGGAGUCGAUGUGUCGGUUCCGCCACCAAUGGAUAUGGGAGGACCGAUGGGCGGUAUGCGACAAAUGGGUGGACCGAUGGGAGGCGGCGGACAAAUGUGGAACAAGUCGGCGGGAAAUGCCGGAGGUCAAGGAGCGCAAAGCGGCGGACGCCAUCAGUAUCAGGUUGGUUUUCGUUUACUAAAAGGGGGAAAUAAAAUUGAUAUUCUUUUUUUUAGCAAAGAGGAGGAAUGAAUCACGGAAAUCAAGGAGGCGGUGGGAACAUGUGGAACGGAGGGAAUCAAGGAGACAACUUUAACUAUGCUUUCCCAAGUACCGAUCCAUCACCAGAUGAUUUCACAUUGACAGUUUGGCAUGAUCCAAAUGGAGAGUUGAAGAAGUGGCAACGCGAUACUGGUGUUUCACUCUGGGGUGAUCCGGAAGAACAAGGUAAACUUGAAACAUUCAGUGAGAAAAGUGGCUUUUAGAAAUAUUCAACUUUUAGAAAUAUUAAGCUUCCCCUCGUAAAAUUAAUACCCCUUCCCUUCACCAGUUUGUCUGGCUUAAUUUUAUUGUCACUUCACUUGAAAAGAGUUUCAUGAGAAGUCUAGUUUAGGAAAUUGUUUUAUUUCCUGCAAAGAUCCAAAACCAAGCCAAACCUUCACACGAAGUUCAUCCUCAAUUUUCCAGACAACCGAAAAAUUCGAUACUGGACCGUUCCGGAAGGCGAAGAAGAAGAUCUCGAAACCGCAUUGGCUAGAUGUCCAGUUCCACAGAAAAAAGUUGGAAAAAUCGACGCGGAUGGAACUCGUGUACCUUUCCCAGUUGCCAAUCGACGUUUUGUAAUCGUGACUGGCUGGGGAGAUUUACCAGAAAAUGAUCCAAACAACCCACAAAAGAAUGACGAAAACAGCCCAUGGCCAGAUCUUCCAACUGCCGAAAAUCCAUGGUAUCAACCGAAUCGAGCAAACGCUCAAUUCAACAGCGAUUUGACUGGAUCCUGGGUUCAAGGUGGAACGAUUUCAUUAGAUGAGCCACCAUUGUCUGAGAGCUAUACACAAUUAGCACUCGCUGAAAUGCUCAAAUAUGCUGUUGAUCAAGGAUAUUUAGAUAUAAGUGUGACAAUGUCGCAAAAUUUGCCACCAUCUAUUUUGAAAAAUGUUAAUGCAUUGCUCUUAAAAAUUCCGGCUUUGGAAAGUGUGGAAAGUGAGCUCAAACAAUUGGUUGAUAGUGUGAGACCGGCUGGAGAAGAGGAUAAGCAGAAUCCACAAAGAUUCAUGAACGAUGUUCAAAAGGUGAGUUGGUUUGGAAAGAUGAAAGAGUUUGGAACAAGUUAGAUAUAAUUUUGUUGACCAAAAAAUAAUCAAAAUUCUUAUAGGUUGAACAUAAUAGAUUGAUCAUCAAUGUAACUACGGCUAAAAUUGAGGUUCAAGAUUUAUCGAAAAAAAUUCAACGUGCUUUAAUUGAAGCGGGUAUAAUCAAUCCACAAGACAGGAACGUUGCCACAAAAUCGGAAGACUAUCAUUAUUCAUUCCUCGAAUGA